AGCAAAGACAGCUAUGGAUCCCCCAGUCACUCCAUCGACAUUCGAAUCGCAGCUGACUUGAGAAGAAACACAAGCAGCGGCUCCAUCGAAGAGUCUCAGCCCCCAACCAAUCGCCAUGGACAACGAGCCCAUGGAGUCGGCGCUCAAGGGCGACGAGGACAACGCCGCCACGAUCAACUCCUUCCGCGAGAUCACUUCUUCCUCUCGUGAGGAGGCCGUCUUCUUCCUCGAGAGCCACAAUUGGGACCUCGACGCCGCUGUCUCGACGUUCCUCGACAACAACACCCUCGCCGACGCUCCCCCGCUCCCCGUCCCCGUCCCCGUUCCCGUCCCGGCUUCCCCUAACUCGCCCUCUCAGUCGCCUUCCUACUCCCCGUCGCUGGCGCAGUCCCCAUCGCUGUCGUACUCCCCGUCGCGGUCCCCGUCGAGGUCCCGAUCGGCUUCGCCGGCCAGGGCUCCCUACGAGCUGCGCUCGCGCCGCGCUACCAAGGCGAAGAAGAAGCCGGAUAAGCCGUCCGGCAGCCGGACACGCGGCGUCCGCACGCUGGCGGAUCUGAACCAGCCAGUUGAUCAUGGCUCGGACAGCGACUCUGACGAACCGCAGGAGUACUAUACUGGUGGCGAAAAGAGUGGAAUGCUUGUCCAAGAUCCCACCAAGGGGAAUGAUGUAGAUUCAAUUUUUAAUCAAGCUAGAGAAAGGGGUGUGGAAAGACCUGCUGAUAACCAGUCAUCAAGAUCAAGAAGCUUUACUGGUCGAGGGAGAUUGCUUUCUGGGGAGGUCAUCUCAUCUGCUCCUGAGCACCCUGAAGUGGUCACCCACACAAUUACGUUUUGGCAGAAUGGAUUUACUGUUGAUGAUGGUCCUCUGCGGAGGAUGGAUGAUCCUGAAAAUGCUCAAUUCUUGGAGAGCAUCAAGAAUUCAGAGUGUCCUCAAGAACUUGCUCCAGCUGAUCGGAGGACUGCAGUGCAUGUUGAUCUUGUGAGGCGCGAAGAACCCUACAACGAACCAAAGAAACCCCAAUUUCCAUUCCGUGGAACAGGAAGAACUCUAGGCAGCACAAGCAGCUCUCCUGCUGCUUCUGAACCCACUGUUGCUGCCUCUUCCAUUAAUACUCCACCAACUCCGUUCAUGGGUCUAGUGGUGGAUGAUUCGUUGCCGUCCACUUCUAUUCAACUCAGGUUAGCCGAUGGGACGCGCAUGGUCUCUCGCUUCAACUAUAGCCAUACGAUUCGGGAUGUUCGUGCCUUCAUCGAUGCGUCCAGGCCUGGCGGGGAAAGAAAUUACCAGUUGCAGACUAUGGGGUUCCCCCCCAAGAAACUCAACGAUCUGGAUCAGACGAUAGAGCAAGCUGGAAUAGCUAAUUCGGUGGUUAUCCAAAAGUUCUAAGUGGCUUCCUGGGAGAAGUCAGAAGUGCUACUCUCAGAUUAAAUUAAGCUCCGUCGCAUGUUUAUUAUUCAGAAAACUUGCCCCCGAAUGAGAUCCAAACGACCCUUAGGAGACAUAUUCUUGCUGCAAAGCAAGAGUUUUUGGUUGUUGAAGUGUGGAUGCCAAUCUCAUUGAAUUCUUCAGUUAAAACCGGGAAGAAUAGAUAUUUCCUUCUAGCC